AUGACAACUGAAGAACCAGAAGAUACCCAAGGCUCCAGAGCACCCAAUACUAGACCCAAACAUAAUGCUAACACCUUUUGCCCUUCCAACAGAUCCAUCCCCAACCUCAUAAAUGACCCAGCAACCCAAUCAUCUGUCAAAGACAAGAACACGGCGCACGCAGAACUUGAAAAGAAGCUCCUCUUGACCCCAGCAGCAGAAGUCAUGCUAGACUCCCUGACCACAGCUCUACUAGACUUCUCUGUCCAGGCCCACUCCCUAACCCCCAUGCACAUGGAUGUCCUCAGAGCCAUAGCCAUCCUCCUCUUCAAGACUGACCAUGACAGGAAAGCCAACAUUCUAGCCAACAGCAUCAAUGCCCUCUUUGAAGAACCCAUCAAUCGCCUCAAAAAGCUAGCUGGAGCCCACACCAAGAGGACUAACAAGAUUCCAGUCCUGCAACAAACGAUCAAGAGAGUAGAAGAAGCAGCAGACAGAGUCUACAGUAGCAUUGCAGACAUCAAGAAUGCAAUCAAAGUGAUAACACCAUCCAUCAACUCACUGCAAUCUCAAGUUGAAGACCUCAAUUCGAAAACCCUCUCCACCCUCACCCAACAGCUAGCAAUGACCUGGCCUUCAUACAACUCAAUCAUGGCAGCCCAUCUUCCACCCAUGGUAGACCAAGUGAUUGCCAGAGCAGCUAUCAGAGCAUGCCAAAUCCUGCUAGACCCCAAUCCAGGCGCCCAACUGUUUCCACCUACAUAA